CGCCUGCGCACACCGCUCGCUUCGCCACCUGGAGCGGCGCAGGCGCGGUGUCUGCGGCCGCCGGGGAGGCGAUCGGAGGGGAAAGCAAGUUUCGUGUUCCCAAGUGCUGAUCAUGGAACCUGUGCUGAUGUACAUUGGAUUUCUGGACUCCUGGCUGGUUUAACAAGCUUCCUGCACCCUUUGUUUUUUCUGCAUUUACACUCUCAGCAGAAUGGGGACCCAGGAAAUUCCUGUUGAGAAUCUUCAAGACGUUGAUUGUGAUGUGAACAAGGAUGAGCCCCUGUCUUUGCACAAAGCUGUUGGCACUGGUCACAUCCAGCAGAACAAUGGGAUGGGCAGAACCGGGAGUGAUGGCACCAACUCUGCUGACAGCGAUCUGGAGGGUUCCCCAGUUAGCACGUCAUGGGACAAUUCCAAAAGAACCUCUUCCGUCGAAUCCCUUUCUUCACAUCAGAGCCUAGAUGCGGUGUUGGAGGAUGAGACUGCAUCGGAGUGCAAAGAAUUCAUGAGGGGAUAUGUGGAAAAAAUUUUCACUGGGAGGGAGGAGAUUGGCCAGGAGGAAAAGGCCCGGUUUGGGGAGCUGUGCUCAGAAGAAAACAAUCACGGCAGAGAGUGGUUUGCGAGAUACGUUAGUGCUCAGCGGUGCCAUUCCAAAUGCAUUUCCGAACAUGCUUUCUACCGACUGGUGCAGUCUUUCGCUGUGGUUCUGUUUGAGUGCUACCAGAGGGAUGACUUUGGCCCGGCCAAGAAUCUGAUGACCAUGUGCUUCACCUUCUAUCACAUGGGCAAAUCACAUCCAAACGUGCUUGAGCUGAAGAGAAAGGCCGCAGGGUCCGGGGAGAAAACUGGGAAUGGCUGGCUGGGUCGGAGAGACCUGCUGAGGAAUACGGAAAAUGUGAAGGGAUUCUUUGGGGCUCUGGAGAUGAAGCUGAAGAAUGGACACGCAGUAAACCGGGCCCAGGAGAAGUACAAGCGUGGAGCCUCAGAGGGGAAGCCCUGUGUGGAGGAGACGAGAGGGGUGAAGGUUUACCUGUACACUCACCUGAAGCAGCAACCCAUCUGGCACAGUUUGCGGUUCUGGAAUGCUGCUUUCUUCGACGCUGUGCACUGUGAGCGCAGGAAACGAUCCCCCACCACCAGGGAGAAAUGGUGCCACAUGACUCCAGAGGAACGGGACGACACCCAUCGGUUUGACAAGAACAUUGCCUUUGGACAGCUGGGGACCUUCACACAGAACAUGCUGGAUUUCGGAUUGAGCAGGGAACUGUGCACCAACUUCCUGAAGAAACAGUCAGUGAUUGGGAACCUGAAUCCAGGCAGGAUUACUGUCGUGUUUGAGGAUGGUUUGGGCCUCGUCGAUUUCCACCUCUCCAAACGACUCUGUGUCUUGUACAUUUCUGAGGCAGACCUUGUGGCCGGAAAUGGUUACAAAAGGAAACUUGUGCGAUUUCGGAAUGCGAGCACGUUGAAUGGGGUAGUGCUGGUGGAGAAGACUCGGCUGAGUGAGCAGUAUUUUGCGGGGGUGCAGAAGUUUGUCGUGUUGGAUCUGGGCCUGACGCUGUUACCUGUGGCCAGUCAGUCUGAGGCUGCACAGCUCAUUGCCCAGCUGGUACACGAGGAGGGUCGGGACCGGGACCACAAUCCAUUUCUGCGCCACAGCCGCUCUGUUUUGUCUGACGCUGGGAUCCUCGCCUCCGUCCAGAAGAUCCCUGGAGUAGGGAAGGUGAAAGCAAUGAAUCUGCUCUGUCGGUUCCCCAGUAUCCAGCAGCUCAGUGCUGCUACACAAGAGGAGCUGGAACCGGUGACCGGACCAGCUGUAGCUCAGCAGAUCACAGAGUUCUUUUCACCAGUCCCCUAAGAAAGCAUGUCCCAGCAGCCAAAUCGUGUCGCUUUACCACAGUUACAAAGGUGCAGGGCACGGGAAACCUCCUCCUCCAUAUGGAGCUGUCUGAUCCAGCUUUUCCCCACUGCUUGGUGUCUCAUGAUCAAUCCACCAGAUCCUCGACACGUGUACGCAUCGGCUGUGGCUCCACCGCAGCCACACGCACAGGAUGCAAGAACCUCUCUCCUCUAUACGGGGUUGUUAGCUCUCAGCUUACCCCGCCGCUUGGUGUCUUGUGGACAACUUGCCAGAUCCUCAACACGUGUACGCACCAGCUGGGGCUUCACCACAGCGACACACCUUCUCUAUAUGGGGCCGUCUGCUCCAACCUUACCCCACCGCUUGGUGUCUCGUGAACUUCUCACCAAGCCUCUGACACAGGCAUGCACCAGCUGACAACCAUGUGACUUUGCUGUAGCUACACAGACACAGGGAACAGGAAUCUCUACCUCCAUACAGGGUUGUGUCUACUCCACUGAUAUUUUGUGAACUCCUCGCCAUUCCCCUGAAAAGGCACAAACCAGCUGUCUGACAGAUACUCAAACACGUGGCUCCACUGUAGCUACAGAGACACAGGGAUCGGAAACCUCUGCCUCCAUCUCCAUAAGGGGUCGUCUGCUCCAACCUUGCCCCACUGUUUGGUGUAGCGUGAACUUCUCACUACCCCCCGACACAGGCACACACCAGCUGUGGCUUCAGCAUAACUCCGCAGGAGUGAGGCAAAGGGACCUCUACCUCCAUACAGGGGUGCCUGCUCUGCCCUUACCCCACUCUGCUUGGUGUAGUGUGAACUUGUGCUGUUUCAGUUGUUGGGGGGUUGGGCAGUGUGACUGUGGGGCACCUCGAAUGUCCCUCACUUCCCGAGCAACACUCCCCACAGUGUGACUGUGGGGCACCUCGAAUGUCCCUCACUUCCCGAGCAACACUCCCCACAGUGUGACUGUGGGGCACCUCGAAUGUCCCUCACGUCCAGUGAGCAACACUCCCCACAGUGUGACUGUGGGGCAGCACAAUUGUCCCUCACUUCCCGAGCAACACUCCCCACAGUGUGACUGUGGGGCACCUCGAAUGUCCCUCACGUCCAGUGAGCAACACUCCCCACAGUGUGACUGUGGGGCAGCACAAUUGUCCCUCACGUCCCGAGCAACACUCCCCACAGUGUGACUGUGGGGCAGCACAAUUGUCCCUCACGUCCCGAGCAACACUCCUCACUUGGGUUCAGAUCCCGCUGCCCUGUGGCGCCACGUCAGAGAUGUGCAGGUGGGGAGGGGUGAGAGAUCUGUUCCAGUUGCAUGUCUAGCUUUGCUGUGGCCACUGAAGGGGGUGGGGGGGGCGGUGCUGGAGCUGGACGCGUGCUGCUGGAUUCUGCACUGGAUUGGCGACUGGUCCCUCCUGUCGGUAUUCACUUGGUGGGAGACAAGUCGCACUGCAUGAUAUGAAAAAGUGUUCUUGCAGAAACGAGGCUCCAGGAUACCAUCCAUGCACCAUCAAUCUGAAGGCCGUGACACUCAGGGACUUGGGCUAUGUUAUUUUUAAAAUUUUUCUGUUUUCAUAAUUGUAUGUGCUGUGUGUCUGUUGGUUCUGUGUUUUGUACUUUAGCCCCAGCGGAAUGCUGUUUCAUUUAGCUGUAUUCAGGGGUAUGGUUGAAUGACAAUUAAAUAAACUUGAAAUACAGAAGCUCAGAAUGGGCUGUGUACUGGGAGCUGGCACUGCAUUUGUACAUAGACCUACUUCUGCUUCCUGGAAUUUGGGACUCUGGGCCAAAUUAGGAUGCAGCUUUAGUGUAAGGGGACUGCAGGUUUGCGGGGGGAGGGGGAGGAAUUCUGGCCAAGAUGCUGGUGUGGUGUUGAGAUGUAACCCUGUCUCCUCCCCAGCUGGUCUCAUGGCACUGAAAAGACUGGAUACAGUCUGUCUGGGGAUGAGUACAGAAAGGACACAUGGUAACGUGAUGACCAGCUCGGCACACCACAGCCCUGUGAUGGGGGAGCUCCUCAGAUAUAGUCUGACGUGCCCAGCGUUCCCACAGAAUCUGGGGCAUGUGCUUUACAAGGGCUGUGAUCAGACCCAUCCUGUGGUCUGCCGUUGAGAACAGAACAUAGAACAGUACAGCAUGGGAACAGGCCCACAAUAUUGUACUGAACCAGAUGAAAAGCAAAUCAAAAACACCCAAAUGCUGCUCCCUCCAACUCCUUGCAUCCCCAUACCUUUCCAAACAUCCCUGAAAGCCUCCAAUGUAUUCCAAGCAGCACAUUCCAGGCAUCCACAGUUCCCUCCCAUCCCCUUUGAACCUACUCCCUCUCUCCUUCAAACAAGAACAAGUCUGCAGAUGCUGGAAAUGCAAGCAACACACAAAAUGUUCAAGGAAUUCAGCAUCUAUGGAAAAGAAAGUGUAGUACACCUGUGGUAGAUUUAAAAGGUGGGGGUGGGGGAGGCAGAACCACCAGAUGAUAGGUGACCCCUGGAGGAGGAGGGAUGAGGUAAAGAGCUGGGAAGUUGAAUGAGAGGGGGAAAAGGGGAUGGGAAAUGGAGAAGUUGGGGGAGGGAAUUAUAGGAAGUCUGAGAAAUCGCUGUUCAUGCCAUCAGAUUGGAGGCUAGCCAAACCGAAUGCAAGGUGCUGUUUCUCCAACUUGAGUGUUGUCUCAUCCCAACAGUCGAGCAGGUCAUGGACGGACUUACUGGUAUGGGAAGUGGAAUUAAAAUGGGUGGCCACUGGGAGACCCCGCUUGUUCUAGCAGGCUCUGCGAAGCGGUCCCCAGUCUAUGUCGGGUCUCAUCAAUAUACAGGAGGCCACACCAGGAGCACCAAACACAGUAAAUGACCCCAACAGACACACAGGUGAAGUGUUGCCACACCUGGAAGGACUAUUUCAGGCCCUGGAUGGUAGUGAGGGAGGAGGUGUAGGGGUGGGUGUAGCACUUGUUCUGCUUGCAAGGAUAAGUGCCAGGAGGUAGAUCAGUGGGGAGGGAUGAAUCGACAAGGGAGUCACAUAGGGAGUGAUCCCUGUGGAAAGCAGAAAGUGGUGGGAACCCAUUGGAGAUGGCAAAAAUUUCAGAGAAUUAUGCGAUGGGCACGGAGGCUGGUGGGGUGGUAGUGAGGACAAGAGGAACCCUAUCUCAGGU